UUUAAUUCAAUAUUCAAACUACUCUUAACCUGCUCUCUCAUCACUUGCAAAACAAAAAUGAUUCUAAAAGUUAUUUGUAUCUUUGCAUUAAUUGCCUCAGUCUAUGGAGAAUUUGAUGAAUCUUUAGAUCAAGUUAGACCCGAAGAUGAGCUUUCUGAAAGUGAAUUCAAAGAAUUUAAGGCGCAAAUUAAUCAAGCGUUUGAUUUUUACGUUCGCAAUAACAAGGAUUCUAGAAUUCCGGAUGAGAAUAAUGAUGACAAACCGAUUUUAGAUAAUAAUGAUGACGAACAGAUUGAAAGGCGAAAGAGAGCUUGUAACACGGUCCAAGUUCACGCUAAAUCUGGAAGGGUUAUUUCUGUAAGAAGAUGUUAGACUACAAUUACUGUCAA